CUUAACCAUUCAAAGACUGACUCUUGUGCGACCAAAGAAGUGAAGAACCGCUGAAGCGCUCACUAUAAUCAGCCAAUCCGCCAUUAAUGAACCCUCAUUUUAGCAUUUCAUCUUCAUCCCCACAAAAUCUCCAUUUCUGAACAUCAAAAUGACAACCCAAGAUUUCCUGAAAACCCUGAAAACUGCAAAAAGAGCAAUUCCAUCCACCAUUUCUUCAUCCCUACACCAUGAACAAACCCCCAUUAAAAUCCUCAUCAAUUCAUCUUUCAACACCAUUUCUUCCUCUUCAGAAACAACCCCAUCUCCCCAAACCACCAUUUCUUCUUUCCUUUCUUCUCUCUCCUCUCAUCAACUUUACUCUUUUCUCUCAGACCCAUUUGUAAAAACUAUUGAUUGCUUGAGAAUCUUCAACAUUGUACUCCAUAAUCAAUCAGAGCUUUCAUUCAAGCCUGAUAUUCAUGCCCAUUUUACCAUAAUUUGCAGGUUAAUUAAAUCUAUGUUGUACUCGGAUGCUGAGGUUUUGUUGCAGAAAUUCAUUAUUGGUGCGAAAUACAGGUACCCUUUUAGUGAUUUUACAAAUUGGGUUGAGAAUUAUUGCAAGGAAUCUAGAAUUAUUACCAAAUUGUUGAAUAUGUUGCUUAAAUUGUAUUCUGAUCAUCAUAUGUUUGAUAUGGCUGUUACUGCCUUUGAGUACAUGGUGGAGAGAGAAGUUGAGAGGGAUGAGAGAACUUGUUCUGUUCAUUUAUAUGCUUUAGUUAAGGCUGAUAAGGUUGAUUUAGGUUUGGAGUUUUUUCGUCGAAUGGUGGAUUCAGGCAUGGAGGUUUCCGUGUUUUCAUUGACAAUUGUUGUGAGUGGAUUGUGUGGGAUUGGGGAGUUGAAAAUGGGUAGAGAAUUGGUGGAAGAAAUGGUUGGGAAGGGGGUUAAACCUAAUGUUAUAACAUUUAAUACUUUAGUGGAUGCAUGUUCAAGAAUGUGGGAAUUCGCGGAGUUGGAUUUAGUGUUGUGUUUGAUGGAACGAGAAGGAAUUAUGUUUAAUGAUACGACUUAUAAGCUUUUGAUUGAUGGGUAUUCGGGUUAUGGUAAGGUUGAUGAAGCAAAGAAGUUGCUUUUGGAGAUGCAAGAUAAAGGUUUCGAGAUGGAGACAUAUUUGUACUAUAUGGUCAUUAGAGGCUAUUGUAGAUUGGGAGAUACAAGCAAUGGUUUUUCAUUACUUAGAACAAUGCAAGAGAAGGAAAUUGCCCCCAGUGAUGGUAUAUAUCAGUGUUUGAUCAGUGGUAUGUGCAAGAUUGGAGAGAUGGGUCAGGUAAAGGAGUUGGUGAAUGAGGUGCUAAGCAAGGGAGGUGAGGUUGAUGGUUCUAUGUGGAUUGAUUUAGUUGAUGGAUACAAAAAAGCUGGGAUGAUGGAAGAACUUGAAGAAUUAAAGUGUCUAAUAAAAUAAAGAAGUUCCACCCCGAGCAAGAUUAAUCAUGCCAGAACUCCAUUCUGAACCCCAAGCUUAGUCAAUAUGAUGAUGAUAAUUAUAGUCUUAUGUGAAGAGCUGGAAAUGAGGAGAUCAAGGAAAGGAUGGGCGCAGAUUUUGUACUUAUAGCAUGAUUAACAUUGCAGAAGGCAGAGCCUUAGAGCAAUGAUCCAACACUCAUGUCUGAGUUCUAUAGGUCUAAAGAGGGAUAAUUUAUCAGAGCCGUCAGACUAUAGCAACAUCCUGAAAUAGUCGAUUUUCUUGCAGCUCUUUUGGUCCUGCUGAAGUUUUUAAUUGGGACAUCUCAGGAAUGGACAAUGUUAGACUUGGCAUUUCAGGAGAACCUCUGGUUGUGUUGACAAAAUGGGUUGAUACUCUAAUGAAUCAAGUUGUGAUAAACAAAUAGGAUUUGGGCAGCAGCUUUUCGAGAGGAUGUGCAUAGAUGGAUGACCAAUGUGUAUGGACAAUGGACCUAUAAACACCAUCAGUCUCCGUCUCUGUUAAACUUUCAGCUCCUUGAAGGAAUCUUUUGUGUAGCUGUCAAUUUUUUUUUUAACCAUUUCUGUGCCUUUCAAACUAAUGAAACCUGGCUGAAGCAAUAAAACAAUAAGCAUAGCCCCCUUGUGCAAUCUUGUGUUUAAUGUGCAAAAUGUCAUGUGGUUUAGGGCCUUGUGUGUAAAGAAUACACAGGCAUUACAUACCACUAUAUCCAAGAUUUGAUGCUUGUGAUGAGCCAUAUAAAAUAUAGUGGAGCUAUUCAUUUAGACUUCAAUCAAGACCUUUGUUGUGCUUGUGAUUAAGUCUACAAAACCCUGGUGUCUGUCCUGUGUGCAUGUUGUAUGCAAAUACCGUAAUUAUUUGCUGAAAGUGUUGUUUCUUGAUACCUCACAAGGAUGGCAGCAAUGAUAAACUCAGCAUUGCACCCAAAGAUCAAGGUUGAAAUUGCGUGAUACACAGGUAUCAUAGAAGCAUCAUAAUUUUCUAGUGUGUUUUUUUUUAUCUUCAGUUCUUUCUUAAGUUUAGGUUUGUUACAAGUACAUCAAGUGUUGUAUAUUAUGCAAUUUUAUUUCAUAUCAGAGAAUUUGUUAAUAAAUUUUAUCCCAACCUCUAUAUUUCUCCCUUGUGUUAC